GAGCCAAACUCAAAUUUCUAAUUCAAAUCGAUAUCGAACAUAGUUUAUGAGCGAGCCCUGCAACGCAGGGCCCCCUCCGCUAGUAAUAUUAUUAAAUUGGAUAUUUGGAUUGUGGUGAAUUUAUAUAAACGGAUCGAAAUCCGAUCCCCUUAAUCGAAUCAGAUUCGAUUUUUGGAGUUCAGACAAAUUGGGUACCGUUCGCAGCACUGAUUCAGCCCAAGCCGGGGCCGUGGUGGUCCUGGUGGACCCGGGCUCGGGCUGAACUCUGCUCUCAAUUUCUUAUAGCAUUAUCAAAUCGAAUAAGCAAAAGAUCCAACAUAACAUGUGAUCCGAUUCAGAGGAACACUUUAAGCAGUAAUUAGAAAGCUGGAGACAGCGUGGGUUUAGCAGAGGGAGAAGGAGAAAUGGAUUUGGAGUCUCUUCUCCACCCAUUAAUCCCUACAUGGAGCUCUGUUGUUCUACUUCUCUCAUUCUUCGUUUACUUGGGUUUUGCUGGAUCUCUUAUACCUGGGAAGAUCGUUCCCGGCGCCAUCCUAUCAGAUGGCACUAGACUUCAUUAUCGAUGCAAUGGCUUGGCUUUACUUAUUCUUUUGGUUGCAACCUUAGAAGUCGGGGUGCGAAUGAAAUUGGUGUCGCCGACGGUGAUUGCAGACAGAGGACUUGAGUUACUUUCCGCUACUCUUGGAUUCAGCUUCCUUGUGACUUUGGCACUUUAUGUUGCUGGUCGCAAUUCUCAUGAUCAAGGUUCCUCUUUAAAGCCACAUAUCACUGGAAAUAUAAUUCACGAUUGGUGGUUUGGAAUACAGCUGAAUCCUCAGUUUAUGGGAAUUGAUCUCAAAUUUUUCUUUGUUAGAGCUGGAAUGAUGGGAUGGCUGCUAAUCAAUCUUUCAGUUCUAGCUAAAAGCAUUCAAAGUGGCAGUUUGAGCACAUCUAUGAUCCUUUAUCAGCUAUUCUGUAUGUUGUACAUUCUGGAUUACUUUUUUUAUGAGGAGUACAUGACCUCAACAUGGGACAUCAUUGCAGAGAGGUUGGGAUUCAUGUUGGUUUUUGGAGAUUUAGUAUGGAUCCCCUUCACUUUCAGUAUCCAGGGUUGGUGGCUAUUGAGCAACAAAGUGGAGCUGACAAAAGCUGCUGUUGUUGCAAAUUGCUUGGUAUUUCUGAUUGGGUAUCGGGUCUUUAGAGGAGCUAACAAGCAAAAGCAUAUUUUUAAAAAGAAUCCUAAGGCACCUAUAUGGGGUACACCACCAAAAGUUAUUGGGGGAAAGCUGCUUGCCUCUGGUUACUGGGGAAUAGCCAGACACUGUAAUUACUUGGGGGACUUGCUAUUGGCACUAUCCUUUAGUUUACCUUGUGGAGCCAGCUCUCCAAUUCCAUAUUUUUACCCUAUAUACCUUCUUAUUCUGCUGAUAUGGAGAGAGAGAAGAGAUGAAGCCCGAUGUGCCCAGAAGUACAAAGACGUUUGGGCAGAAUACUGCAAACUUGUUCCGUGGAGGAUACUACCAUAUGUUUACUAAAAACAGUCAAAAUAUCUAAAUUUGUAAGCAAUAAUCCAUAUCCGCCUAGUGACAAGGAACUUUUUUGGCAUUGACCGAUCUUUUCUGCAAGCGAGGAUUGUAAUUUUAGGAAGAACGCUGUAGUUCUUGUUUGUACAUUAAAUGUAUCCUAGGACCUUUUGCUUUCAUUUUUAUGUUAGUGUCAUACUUUCUUCCUAAGUUGCACUAGAUGAAAAUGCCCAGGGAUUUUUACCUUUAUAGCUGAGUUGUUAUUUGUUA